AAUGAGCUCGUUAGUUGUGGUAGCCAUUGAUUUUGGGACAACAUACUCAGGAUGGGCGUUUUCAUUCAAGUCUGAUUAUGAACGAGAUCCGCUGAAAAUAACAACAAUGGUCAUUACCAACACAACUAUACUAUCUAAAGUUCCAACGUGUAUUCUUAUAAAUUCUGAUGGAACAACGCCACAUUUGUUCGGUUAUGAAGCUGAGGACAGAUAUGCUGAAAUAUGCGAAAACGGGGAACAACAACAAUGGUUCUUCUUCAAAAGAUUUAAAAUGAUGCUUUUUAGAGAAAAGGGCAUGACAAGACGUGAUACACUAGAAGAUGAGACUGGUAAGAAACUUCCGGCAAUGACAGUUUUCUCGCUAGCAAUUGAUUUCUUAAUGAAGGAUGUUGUUGAUACUCUAAGCAACCAUGUUGAUAACAUAUUUAUUGUGUCUGAUAUACACUGGGUGCUUACUGUUCCGGCGAUAUGGAACGAUGCAGCUAAACAGUUCAUGAGAGAGGCAGCACAACAGGCUAAGAUUCCAGGAAAGAACCUCAGUUUAUGUCUUGAACCUGAAGCCGCAUCUAUUUAUUGUCGUCAUCUUCCAGUGUCAAAGUGUACCAAACAAGAAGUUACAUCUAUUUCUCAGUUUUCACCAGGAACAAAAUAUCUUGUCCUUGACGCAGGAGGAGGAACGGUUGACAUAACUGUACAUGAAGUAACUGACAAUGGAAAUUUGAAAGAACUCCAUAAAGCAAGCGGUGGUGAUUGGGGAAGUACCAAAGUAGAUGAAGCAUUUGAAGAGUUUCUAUCAAGUAUUGUGGGACCGGUUGUCAUCUCAAAGUUCAAAAGUCAAUAUUUGGAGGAUUACAUCGACUUUUUUCGUGAAUUUGAAAGCAAAAAACGCAAACCUAUCCAAUCUAAUAGAUCCGUGACUCUCCGUUUCCCUGCUAGCCUUUCUGACUUAUGUCCUGAAUUCAAAGGAACGGAUUUAAAGGAAUUAAUACGACAGUCUAGAUUUGAAAACAAAGUCCAGGUUUUACGUGAUAAAUUGAAGAUCGAUGGUGGUGUUUUCAACGAGAUUUUUGAACCAACCGUUCGCAAAAUAAUAAGUCAUGUUGAAAAUAUAUUGACGGAAUCUUCAGUUGAUGGUUGUGCUGCCAUUCUAAUGGUUGGGGGAUUUUCUGAAUCAUCGGUGUUGCAAAAGAAUGUAAAGUCCACAUUCAAAGAUCAAAACGUUAUCGUUCCAGACGACGCAGGACUAGCAGUCUUAAAAGGAGCUGUCAUCUUUGGUCAUAAGCCGACAACAAUAACUGAGAGGAUAUGCAAGUAUACAUAUGGGUAUGGAACAACUCAUACCUACAGUGAUAGUUGCAAUCAUCCUAAAGGAAGAGUUGAAAAGGAUGAUAAUGGUGAAUUACGAUGUUAUAAUAUCUUUCAAAUUUGUGUAAAAGCAGGGCAGUCUGUCAAGGUGGAUGAGGAACAACCAGAAAAAAUAUGCAAUCCUCUUACCGAUGAUCAAACUGCUAUUGGUUUUAGUAUAUAUGCAUCCUUAUCAACAAAUCCGCAGCUUACUACAGAAGAAGGAUGCGAUCUCAUUGGAAAAUUGAGGGUGCCUAUUUCGGACACAAGCACUGGUACAAACCAUUUCUUUGGAAUAAGUUUUAUUUUUGGAGGAACCGAGAUUGUUGUUAAAGUCGUUGACAAGGAGUCAGGUGAAAUUAUGCUAAAAUCUGUCGACUUUCUUGGAUAGAAUGUAAACAAACUGAAUCAGAACACUUAAACAUACAUUACAACUUUUUAUUGUUUAAUUUGUUCGUAUGAAAAUAUGUUAUUUUCUUUAAUCAUAUAUACUAAAUACAUGUACAUAAUUAUAGUUUUGUUUUAUCACUUAAAGCACACUGUGGUAACUACACAAGCCUUACAUAAUAUUGGUAAAGAUUGCUAUUUACAUAUCAUAUACCUUAAUUUAGUUCAUUUUCUGUCGUGGACGAUAAUCAUUUGGAUGGCAUUUCAAUGCACUUGAUAUAGUAACAUCUACAUGUAUUUGUCUUACUAACUGUAAUAUAAUUACUCUUAUAAUCAUACUUGUAAAGUAGCAAAUGCACUGAAUGGUUAAAAAAACAUGAAUGUACUAAACGACUAUACUAACUUCAAAAAUUAUUUUAACUCUCAAUUUGCUAAUUAUGUAGUGAAAUGCAAUAGAUAAGAAUUUGUGUCUGAAUGAUUUUGUCUAUUAGUAUGCUUCAAUUGCAUUCAACAUUUCCAUUUGAGCUACAGCAUAUGCUUUCAUUAAAGAAUUAUAUUAUACCUGUAUUAAUCAGGAGUGUAAACUAACAUAAAAUAUCUACUCAUUUAUUAUAAAAUCAUGUAUAGUGAA